AGGGUGUCCCCCUACCGGGUCCUUUUUUCGCUUUUUUUCCCUUACCAAAUCUGUGCUGUGCUGAAGCUGUCACCUUGGUUUGUUGUCUUCGAUCAGCUGAUAGUUUUGGCCUUUGGGGGCUGUCGGCGCCCUGGACCUGUGGAUGGAGCCGGUGUCGGGUGCCGCCGCGGCGUCCCCGACUCAGCAGGCCGGCCCGCCGCCGUCGCCAGCCACCUCGCCGCGGCCGCUGCUGCUCGGCGGUGCCGGGGAGGGCGCGCGCCAGCUGGCUGAGCAGCUGCAGGCCGGCCUCCGCCCGCUGCUGGACCCGCGCCGUCAGCUGAGCGCGCCGCCCGCCCUGGAGACGCCCUACGCCCGGGACGAAUGUGUGCACGUGUUUCGAGUGCGCAGCAUGCGGACCGGUCGCACGCGGUCGCUGGUCGCCUGGCUGCGGCACACGAGGAACGUCCACCACAACUUGAUGCUGGCGGUGCGCUGUAACGACCCGUCCCGGGUGCGGCUGCUGCUGGCGAUGGGAGCCGACCCGUCGCGGCCCGACACUGUGACCGGCCGCACCGCCCUCCAGCUGGCCGAGACCAUCGGCUCUGCCGAGGCGGCCGCCGUGCUGCGGGAGGCGCCCGGCCCGGCCGGCCCGGCGGAGGCGGCGCCCGGCCCGGCGGAGGCGGCGCCCGGCCCGGUGGAGGGGGCGCCGCCGCGCCCGGUGGACGCCUACCGCAGCUGGUGGCACGCGCUGGUGGGAGACUCCCGGGAGCCGGCCGAGCCGGGCCGGCCGGCCGCCGCCCAGCCGCGCCGCCCCAUCCGCCACACCAGCAACCUCGCACAGGCCCGCGAACUGCUGCACAGCGCGCGCCGCCGCCGCAUGGCGCGCGAGGUGGGCUCCGUGCUGGACCAGCUGCAGGGGCUCAGUCUGACGCGCCGCGCCGAGCAGCCGCCCGAGCGCCGGCCGGACGUGAGCCGGGCGCUGGGCCGGCUCUCCCUGACAUCUGGCGGCGGGGAGGACAACUGCAGCCUGGCGGCGCCUUCGCCGGGCGGCGCUGGCGGCCUCGGCUGACGCUCGCCGCUGGCGGCAGUCCUGGCGCCAGGGCCGCCCUUAGGUCCAAUGCGGGGAGGGGACGACGCAGACACCCAUUUACAUACACAUCCGCCAAAAGAUGAGUUGGGGAUGUUUUGUGGUGGAUACUGGGUAAUGCUAGAUGAAUGAGGGGAUUUUUCAGGUACCUAGAUGUCACCAUUGCAUCAACAGAAACAAAAACGCAUCGGCCAUAUGCAACAGCUGCGACGUACCAUUUCGAUUUUUGGUGCAAAAGGGUCUUUUUUGUCUUGGCAUUUGCGACCGAUCUCACAGAAAUGCUCGUUUUGCCGCACCGGGUACUUUGUAGCCUUGUAGCGCGCCCUAGUCGGGUCCUCUUGUCUGUGAUGGGACACGUUAUUUGAUAGCCGUUUUAGCAGUAAGAGAAUCCACCUUUUGAUGUGAUUUAUUUUGCAUUUACACUUAAACAAUUAUAUAAUUUGGCCUUUCUUAUCAAGCAUCAUGUAAUGCUCUUUUCAAUGAACGCUCAAAAGUCGCGAGCGUAACUUAUUUCCGACUGGAUUGCUGUUUGGCGCUGGGGACGCUCACUUUGUAGGGAUCACUGUGUGCCGACCUGUGUGUCCUAGGGAACUGUGAACAGUACUGCGCGGUGCCACGGCGGCCGUGUGUACCGCCCCGUGUACUGUGUGUGCACUGUGGGCCGCCCUGUACCGCUCUGUGGGCUGUGGGCCGCCCUGUACCGCUCUGUGGGCUGUGUGUACCGCCCCGUGUACCGUGUGACCGUGUACCGCCCCGUGUACUGCUCUGUGGGCCGCCCUGUACCGCUCUGUGGGCUGUGUGUACCGCCCCGUGUACCGUGUGACCGUGUACCGCCCCGUGUACUGCUCUGUGGGCCGCCCUGUACCGCUCUGUGGGCUGUGUGUACCGCCCCGUGUACCAUGUGACCGUGUACCGCCCUGUGUACUGCUCUGUGUACCGUGUACCGCUCUGUGGGCCGCCCUGUACCGCCCUGUGUACCGCUCUGUGGGCCGCCCGUGUACCGCCCUGUGUACCACUCUGAGUACCGUGGGUACCGCUCUGCACUGUGUGCGCCGCUCGUCUGUGUGUCGGCUGCCGGGGCGGUCUGUGUGUCGGCUGGUCCGUGUGUCGCCUGGCGGGGGCGGUCUGUGUGUCGGCUGGUCUGUGUGCCGCUCGUCUGUGUCGGCUGGCGGGGCGAUCUCGGGACCGGCCUGUGUGCCGUCAGGAUAUCUGGGGCCGGUCGAUUGGACUGGUCCGUGUCGCUGUGGAGCUCCCUGGUGCCAGAGGACGGGCCGACCGAUUGGACUGGUCCGUGUCCAGCUGUGGAGCUCCCCUGGUGCCAGAGGACGGGCCGGCCGGCUCGACUGGUGCCAGAGGACGGGCCGGCCGGCCCGACUGUGUUCAGUGCCGCCGUUUAAAAACGACUGCACCACGAGACCGCUGUCGGGCCGGCGUCUGGAGCCCGGGCGCAGUCACUGUCCUGAAAACGGGGAGCUGACUGACUUUGCCCAUUCAUAGUUGAUCUUAGGGAAGAAUGUUUUGAAAAGGCAGGUUUUCACGUGGUUUUCACAAUGACGAAGUUGGACGCAAGUCUUCUGCAUCGUUGUCAUUGCAUCUCAACAUUUCGUCUCCAUUUUUGAAGCACUUGCUCAGAAUCGUAUAGGAGAGGGCCUGAUAGCUAGCGUGAUGUAUGUAUUGUAUACUGUAUAGGGUGUGCGCUGACACGGAGUGCUUGCUUUGCCGGAUUUGUGUAUCCUUUCGGUGUCGGAAGGUGGCAUGGUUGUCGAGCUCACCACUGCUCCCGGCCCUUUGGCAUUGGUACUUUUGAUAAUAAAUUUGAAGAAAAAACA